AGAGAUUCCUAGGUGGGCUGACAAGUCUAGUCCAUUCAUACCUACUGAUGGCCCCAGACAAAUAUUGAGCCAGCUACGUCCUGACCAGGAGACAUGUAUCAAAGAAAUUCCUAGGUGGGCUGACCAGUCUAGUCCAUUCAUACCUACUGAUGGCCCCAGACAAACAUUGAGACAGCUACAUCCUGACCAGGAGACAUGUAUCAAAGAGAUUCCUAGGUGGGCUGACAAGUCUAGUCCAUUCAUACCUACUGAUGGCCCCAGACAAAUAUUGAGCCAGCUACGUCCUGACCAGGAGACAUGUAUCAAAGAGAUUCCUAGCUGGGCUGACAAGUCUAGUCCAUUCAUACCUACUGAUGGCCCCAGACAAACAUUGAGCCAGCUAUGUCCUGACCAGUAGACAUGUAUCAAAGAGAUGCCUAGCUGGGCUGACAAGUCUAGUCCAUUCUUACCUUAUGUCACUUAUGAUGGGUCCAGACAAACAUUGAGCUAGCUACAUCCUGACCAGGAGACAUGUAUCAAAGACUUGGUUCAAAUAUAACUUCUAAACUAACAGGUCCCCCAAUAAAUUUCCAACUGAUGAGCAAAAUGAUUGAAGUUGAAGCUUAAUUAAUUUUCACCUGAAUUUUUAGUUUACUGGUGCGCAACCUUCCAGAAUAAACCCUUAUGGUCUCAUGUGUCAUUUAAAGAAUAGGCAUCUCUGGGUCUUACAUUUUAUUUAUAAUUAGAUACAAUAUUUUUUUUUUUUUUAAUUCAGCCACCUUUGCCUUGCCUGGCUUCUGACCUUUACUUUAACAUUUCCUUACACACAAUACAUCUGACAAUUCAAUUGUAGCGGCAAUCAUUGUCACAGUAAUGUUACAUUUUAUGUGAUGUUGGUGAACUUCACCACCACUCAUUUAUACUUUAGUCAUUAGUGAAGCUGUGUGUUAAAUUACACAAUGAACAAGUAGUGGGCUUUUCUCACAGUCCUACCAAAAACUAUGAACUGUAAAAUUUUAAGAACUUCAUAAUUUUUUUUGGUACUUCAGGGACAACUGUUAACAUUGAUGUCAGUCCUUGACCCUAUCAGUGUCCUUCAGUAAAGGUCGAGGCUAAUGAGAUUUUAAAAAUAAAAAUAAUGUUAUCAUAUUUGUAUUAUUUUCUGCAGUUGAUGUAUUUAAUAAUUGAACUAUUUUCAUGUUCAGUUAAAGACUAUUUUAAUAUUACUGUAAAUAUUAAUUGCUUUUUGUGUUUUUGGG